AUGGCCUCUCUGGAGUGGCGCGAGGUGGUGUUUUCCGCACGAGAUCCGGAGACGGGGACGCAGACCGACAUCCUGCGCAACAUGUCUGGACGCGUGGAAGGUGGCGGCACCCUCGCCAUCCUCGGCCCCAGCGGGUCUGGCAAAUCCUCUUUGCUGAAAGCGCUAGCAGGCCAGAUCCGCACCACCGUGUCCGCCAGCGGAGGCAGCGGCGGCCGCCCGGGCAGCGGUGCGUUGCACGGCCGCGCGACCAUCAGUGGAAGUGUGAGCUUGAAUAACGAGGAGAGCGUUAGCUUGCAAAACUACCCCUUCUCGGAGGGCGUGAAGUUGGUUUCCUUGAUCGAGCAGCAAGAUCUCUUCAUCGGUGAGGUCACCGUGUCCGAGCACCUGAGCUUCUACGCGGCGCUGCGGUUGUUUCACCUUCCGAGGAAGCAGCGGCAGGACAGGAUCGCCGCGAUUUUGCGACGGUUGCGCUUGUCGCAUUGCCAGCACAGAAAGGUGUAUUUGCUGUCCGGCGGAGAACAAAAACGCCUGUCGGUUGCCGAGGAAUUGCUAAAUGAGCAGACGUCCGUUUUAUUGCUUGACGAGCCGACGACCGGCUUGGAUUCAGUGUCAGCGAAGGAAAUGGUCGACAUCUUGUGCAACAACA